CCCCAAACAACAAAACUCUGCUGCUAUGAACAGGCGUUGGUGGUGUAAAUCUGCACAAUUAUGUUAUCGUGUUCAUCGUUCUUUCUCGUCUUCUACUGUUUCUCAUGAACCCUUCAAGCCCCCUCUCUUUCUCCCUCAAAGAAGAGUUGUCGUCACUGGUUUAGGAAUGGUUACACCAUUGGGUUGUGGAGUAGAAACUUCGUGGAAACGCUUAAUCAAAGGGGAAAGUGGUAUCAGGGCUUUAUCUCUUGAAGACCUGAAGAUGAGUGGAUUUGACAAAGAUACUCAGUUGUAUACUUUUGAUCAGUUGACUUCUAAAGUGGCUGCUAUUGUACCUUGUGGUGCUGAACCUGGCGAGUUCAAUGAGGCAUUGUGGCUUGAUUCUAAGCAUGGUAAAUCAAUUGCAAGGUUUAUAAGCUAUGCACUAUGUGCUGCAGAUGAAGCACUUAGAGAUGCAAACUGGAUACCCUCUGAGCAGGAGGAGAAGGAGAAAACUGGAGUUUCUAUAGGUGGGGGAAUUGGAAGCAUUGGUGAUAUACUGGAUGCGUCACAAUUAAUAUGCGAAAAGAGACUUCGCCGUCUUAGUCCUUUUUUCGUCCCUCGGAUAUUGAUCAACAUGGCAGCUGGUCACGUAAGCAUGAAGUACGGUUUCCAGGGACCCAACCAUGCUGCAGUGACAGCUUGUGCCACUGGGGCAAACUCAAUUGGUGAUGCAGCUAGGAUGAUUCAGUUUGGAGAUGCUGAUGUUAUGGUGGCCGGAGGAACUGAGGCCAGCAUUGACGCUUUAUCCAUAGCAGGGUUUUGCAGGUCAAGAGCAUUAUCCACAAAGAACAACUCUAGCCCUCAAGAAGCUUCACGACCCUUUGAUUGUGAUCGAGAUGGAUUUGUCAUAGGAGAAGGUGCUGGCGUUCUUGUCUUGGAAGAACUCGAACAUGCAAAAAAGAGAGGAGCAAACAUAUAUGCGGAGCUCCGUGGUUAUGGGAUGUCAGGUGAUGCACAUCACAUCACACAACCACACGCGGAUGGAAGAGGCGCCAUUUUGGCAAUGUCACACGCUUUAAAGCAGUCUGGUCUUUGCCCUGAUCAAGUAGACUAUGUGAAUGCCCAUGCUACGUCUACGCCCCUCGGUGACAUGGUGGAAGCCCAUGCAAUUAAAUCUCUGUUUUCUGGACAUGCAACAUCUGGUGCCUUGGCUUUUUCUUCCACAAAGGGCGCUAUCGGGCAUCUUCUUGGGGCUGCUGGAGCGGUUGAGGCAAUAUUCACGGUUCUUGCCAUACAUAAUGGAAUCGCUCCUUUAUCGCUCAAUCUGAGUAACCCAGAUCCCAUUUUCGAAGAAGAUUUCAUGCCCUUGACUGCUUCAAAGGAGAUGCAAAUUAGAGCAGCAUUAUCAAAUGCUUUUGGGUUUGGAGGAACAAAUGCUGCACUUCUGUUUGCAACCAUGUCCUAACAAAAAAGGAGCAAAGGGUCUUUACGAAAACAGUCUCUCCACUUACCCUUCUCGUAGUUAGGCCCUGUAUUUUAUGGAAUUUACUGGGUUCAUUUGGUUUUACUCCGGUAAAAAUCUUGUUCAAUUAGCAAGCAAGUCAAAGUUUGUUGUGGUCAAAUUUGACUAUCGAAAGU